AUGGUCUUAUCACGCAAACACCUUGCACUUAUGUUUAUCGUAGCUGCAUUUAUAAUGAUAGUUUCAGCAACAACAUCCUUUGAUCUUUCAAAGAGUGAGGCUUUUCAAAAACGACAACCAAUACCACUGGCUGGUAAUAGGAAAAGAGAUGAUUCACCCACCCCAACCGAAACAACCCCAACCGAAACAACUCCAACCGAAAUAACUCCAACCGAAACAACUGUUAGUGAUAGUGCAAUUACAACCACCACUACAAGCAGUAUUUCAACUACAACGAUAGGAUCAACGGCAUUAUCACACACUACACUCACCACUACAACGGCAAUAACUACUUUCAAUAAAUCAUACACAGUUUUUCAAUAUACUAAAACUACUAAUAGUAAACCAACUGUUGUUGGAGACGACAAUCAAGAUUCUAAUCCUAUAUAUCAAUCAUCUGUUAUUGUUUUGACAGCAGGUGCUACAGAAAGCCCAAAUACGGAGUCUGCUGACCAGACUUCG